AUAUUAGCGUUUCUUGCAACACAUCAAAGCCUCUCAACUAGUCAAGGACGUAAAGAGGCCGAUGUUAGUAAGAUUAGCUGAGCUCACCAGUCAAGUAAACACGCCAGCCGAGUCCGACGGUCAAAGUUGAUGUCACUUCAGUGAAGGGACCAGGCUUGUCCUGUGGGGUCACCUGCAGUUAUGAAUGUGAACAAUGAUGUGGAAAAGCUUUUAAAUGGUGAAGGACUAGAAGUGAACGACGAGUUCGAUUCGGCACCCGCAGAGGUCCAAGCAGUUGCCUUGAGGAAAACGAUAACCUACAUCGUCAGCGCUGUCAUCUUCAAUGAAAAGAAUGAGGUGCUCAUGGUGCAGGAGGCCAAGGAGAAUUGCUACAAACAGUGGUACCUUCCAGCUGGCCGUAUGGAAGAGGGAGAGGGCAUUGUGGAGGCCAUGAGAAGGGAGGUGAAGGAAGAGGCUGGAUUCGACUGCCAACCCAUUACCCUGGUUCUGGUCCAAGAACAGGGGCCGCAGUGGAUCCGAUUCGUUUUCUUGGCGGAGAUUACAGGAGGCUCCCUGAAGACGAUGGCAGAGGCUGAUGCAGAGUCUCUCCAGGCUCAGUGGUGGGACCAAGACUCCCCACUCACCUUGAGGGGUCGUGACAUCCUCAGACUCAUCGAUACCGCCUUGAAAUACAGAAAGAAGCCCUGGCAUCCUGUGGCUCACCCUAUAGACAUGUGCUGCCAUGUUGUUGUACAGCGACUUCUCCUCACUUUCAGCAGCUCUGAUGGGGUGCUUUGGCUCCUUUUGGGCAACAUUAAGGACCUGCACCUCCCUGUGGCAGUGUCUGUGAAAACCCACACAGUCACAUGGGCGGCCAACACAUUGGUACAAGAGGCCAUGCCCUCCUCCUACUACGACCUCAACGUCAACACAAGGGGAAUCCUGGGAAUACAGCACAAUGGAAGGGUCCCUGGGAAGACAGAUGGACUCUGCUUCAACACAGUGGUGUCUUUGGAACACACUGGGGAGGGGCCACACACCAGUCAACCACCACUGAUCGAGAGCCCUCGCUUUCAGUGGUACAAAGUGGAGAAUCCUCAGCUAAGAGACAAGAUUCAACAGAGAAUAACUACUGGGUCCUUCCUUCCAGUGCAUAGUCUCUACUAAGGAGGUGGUGAAAUGACAUUCCAAAAACAAUACACUUUUUACUUGAAGAUGAUUUUGGGAAUACGUGGGGCAAGUACCUGUCUAUGAGCGGCCAAAAGACAUAUGUACCUUUUGAGAGCAGACAUUACAACGUUUAUCAAUUUGUACAUCUUUUGUCAUUUAGCAAACACUCUAAUCCAGAGCGACUGACAUAAGUGAGUACAUUUGGACUUUUUCAUACUGGCCCCCCAUGGGAAUCAACCCACAACCCUGGCGUUGCAACAGCCACACAGGACCACCAUUCCGAAAACUGCUGGAAAAGAUUGCAAAAAAAAAAAUCAGAAAUAAUUUGUGAAAAAUGGACUGUAAAUACAGAAUAGGGUCUAUAACCUUUUGAUCAAACGUUCAAUCAAGUCUGCUAUUAUUCAAAAACUACAUUCAGCUACCAAUCAUGAUCUAGCUUCAUAUGAUCCAUUUUAGAUAAGCCGCAUGAAAUCUAAUACCCAUGGCAGAAAAAUCAAAUUACUGUUAUGACAGUUUGACUCAGGAAUAUGACGUUGUGGCUUCUGAAAGAGUACGAAGCAAAAAUAUUCUCUUCAGCAAAAAUAUUCUCUUCAGCUAUCACAUUGUAGGAGAGGGACGCAAACUUCAAUGCAGAUACUCUCAGCAUUAUAUUUGGUUGCACUGCUGCUCAUGUCGCUGAGUCUAUUUGAGGCUAAUCUCAAUUGUUAAGUUGCAUGAUCAUACUUUACAAAGGAUUGUACAGAGACUGAUGUUUAAAACAAUGUAUUAAGACCGAUGUGUUGUGACCCUGGUCCACAUAAGACACCAGACAUCACCUCAACACAGAAAUAAAACGUGAGAAAAGGCAAGCACAGGUUAGUGUUUUUUGUCGUGAAUCUUGUUCUGGAAGCAACCCCAGAGUGGUAGCUAGCUGGCACAGCCACAAAGUACAAAUCGUUUAAACCUAACCUUGUAUUAAAACAUUAGCUUUGGGGUAUUAAUUUACUUAAGACUUUGUACCUGGCCCAUCUAGCGGAAACCGCUCAGUUCUGCCUCCAGGAUGGACUCAUCGCCAUGCAAACAGAAAGUAUCAAUAAUUAAACUGGAUGACGCACAGUUUUAAGUUGUUCCAACCAGUCUCACAGCCCAGAUGAUCAUGUAUCAAGCUUCAUUAAAAGUGCUGACCAAGGAUCAGUUUAGUCUAUAAUGAACAUGAUCCUACAUAAGCACUAUGAAUACCGGCUCAAUCCUCAUUCUAAUACAUGUUUUAAUAUCUCAGGAACCAGGGAUAGCCUACAGCAAUCUUAUAUAUGCAAUUGUUACAAAGACUAGAUGAAACGCAACCUUUUACAUUGAUUUGACCGACUGCAUACAUUACUUCCAGGUGUGAUAAUUUGCUUAAGAUAGUCAUUAUGUAACAUAAGCUAAACUCAAAGCAAAACAUUUCAGCAUUUACAAUAAACUUAAAAAUGGA